ACAUUACACAGCUGAUUGGAUACCAUGAAAACCAAUCAGGUUCUGCUCCUCCUGAUGCUCUCUGUCCUGUGGCCCAGUGCCGCCCUGCCUUUCACACCUGGGAAUAUUGGGAAUCUGUUUGGGAUGCCAGAGAGUGAUGGGAGGAUCCUCCAGCGGUCCAAACGUGGAUGGAUGUGGAAUCAAUUCUUUCUGCUCGAGGAAUACGCAGGAAAUGACCAUCAAUAUGUCGGCAAGCUGCACUCCAACAUGGACAAAGGGGACGGCAACGUGAAGUACAUCCUGACUGGAGACGGGGCAGGCACCCUGUUCCUGAUCGAUGAGAAAUCUGGGGAUAUUCAUGCCACCAAGAGGCUGGACAGGGAAGAGAAAGCUAUGUACACACUCAACGCAAAGGUCCUGGACAGGAACACCAACGCAGAGCUGGAGCCUGACACUGAGUUCAAUAUAAAAAUCCACGACAUCAACGACAACGAGCCAAAGUUUGCAAAGGAAAUCUACUUCGCCAGUGUCCCUGAGAUGUCUGAAGUGGGUACAUCUGUUGUCACCGUAACUGCCAACGAUGCUGACGAUCAAACAUACGGGAACAGUGCCAAGCUUGUAUAUAGCAUUCUACAGGGACAACCGUACUUCUCUGUGGAUUCUGAGAACGGCACUAUCAAGACAGCCCUGCCAGGCAUGGACAGAGAAGUGAAAGAAAACUACCAGGUUGUGAUCCAGGCCAAGGACAUGGCUGGACAGAUGGGUGGACUUUCAGGGACAACUACAGUCAGCAUCACACUCUCGGAUGUGAACGACAGUCCGCCACGCUUUGCUAACCAUUCCUUCCGUGUGACUGCCGUGGAGUCUACAGAGAUCGGAGGUGCCAUUGGACGUAUCAAGGCCGAUGAUCCAGAUAUUGGACGCAAUGCAGAGAUGGAGUACAGUAUCGUCGGGAGUCACGACAUAUUCAAAAUUACCACUGACCAAACCACACAAGAGGGAGUCAUCGCAAUCAAAGAGGCGCUGGAUUACGAAAGUAAGCGGGACUAUGAGUUCAGAGUGGAGGUGAAAAACACCUACUUAGACGCAAGGUUCAUCCACGGUUUGCAAUUCAAAGACUACGCCACGGUCAAGGUAACCGUGGAGGAUGUGGAUGAGCCGCCCGUCUUCACCAGGAACCCUUACAUCAUCGAGGUGCAUGAGGACACGGCUGCUGGCAGCUUCGUUGGCGUGGUGUCGGCCAGGGACCCCGAUGCUGACAACAAGCCAGUCAAAUACUCUAUUGAUCGGCAUACAGAUCUCGAGAGGCUGUUCAGUAUUGAUUCUGUGAACGGCACCAUCACAACACUGAAAGCUCUGGACAGAGAAAUGUCCAAAUGGCACAACAUCUCUGUGGUGGCCACUGAAAUAAAUAACCCACGUCAGACAACUCGAGUGCCUGUGUUCAUCAAGGUGUUGGAUGUCAAUGACAACGCCCCUGAGUUUGCAAUGUCCUACGACACAUUUGUCUGUGAGAAUGUCAAAGCAGGACAGCUGAUUCAAACAAUAAGUGCUGUGGACACAGAUGAACCUCUUGUUGGACACAAGUUUGUCUUUAGCAUAAGCGCCACCAACCCGAACUUCACAAUUGUUGACAGGGAAGAUAACACCGCCAAUAUCCUGACACGGAGGGGAGGUUUCAGCCGGCGUGAGAUGAGCAUGUACUUCCUGCCUGUAGUGAUCUCAGACAACGACUACCCCAUACAAAGCAGCACCAGCACACUGGUAGUGCGUGUGUGUGCUUGUGACAGCCGUGGAAACAUGCAGUCCUGUAACCCCGAGGUCCUGCCCUUCUCAGAUGGUCUCACAACUGGAGCUCUGGUGGCCAUACUGCUGUGUGUCAUCAUUCUCCUCAUGAUCGUGGUGCUGUUUGCUGCCCUGAGGAGACAGAGGAAGAAGGAGCCUCUGAUCAUCUCCAAAGAGGAUGUCAGAGACAACGUUGUCAGCUACAACGAUGAAGGGGGUGGAGAGGAGGACACUCAGGCCUUUGAUAUCGGCACGCUGCGCAACCCAGAGGUGAUGGAUGCUAACAAGCUACGCAGGGACAUCAUACCCGAAAUGCUGUUUCCCUUUCGGAGGACAUCACCUAUAAAGGAUAACACGGAUGUCAGAGACUUCAUUAACGGGAGGCUUCAGGAGAACGAUUCAGAUCCGACAGCGCCGCCUUACGACUCCCUGGCCACGUAUGCUUACGAAGGCAGCGGGUCGCUGGCAGAAUCCCUCAGCUCGCUGGAGUCUGCGGCCACUGAGGGGGACCAUGAUUACGAUUACCUCGGCAACUGGGGGCCGCAAUUUAAAAAGUUGGCGGAGAUGUACAUAGGAAAGAGCCCCGAUAGAGAGACCUAGACAGCGCUUUGACGGUCUCUCGUUUUUCAAUCCCAUUUUUUUUCUGUCUGUUUAUCUAGCUAGCUAGCCAGACAGCUAUUUGUCUAGUUAGCUAGCCAGCCAGUUGACUGUCUGUCGCCUAUCUAUCCAGCUAUCUAUCUGUUUAUCUGUCUAGUUUGCUAGCUAGCUCGCUAGUUGACUAGUAGUCUUUUUGAUUCUCAUACACACACACAUUCACACACGCACAAAAACACACAAGAAAAUUCCCACAGUCCACGCGUGGAUGCUGAAAUGGAUAUUAAGACUUGAACUGAGUUGAAUUUUCUCAUUAAUGGAGAUACAGUAUAAUUAUCUUACUGUUUUUGGUCAUAAUCAGUAAAGAUGCCUUUGAAUUUUAGGAUAUUUUGUGAACAAUGGUGUGGACAAUGUGUUUUGUAAUCGACCUGAGCGAUAGUAGUAUUGUAUACUAUCAAUGUUUAAUGGCA